AUGGAUUUUUUCAGCACCAGUAAAAGUACAGGAGAUCCCCCAUCUGUUAUACCUAUUGUGAAAGUAACUGCGACAGAUGCAGAUGAUCCAACAACUAAAAAUGGACAGUUGCAAUACUCCAUAUUCUCAGGAAAUAUUGGAGGCAAAUUUGAUAUCAAUACAAACAAUGGGGAAAUAUUUGUUGUAAAAAAUGUCAAGUUGGAUCAUGAUGAAAACUCUAGAUAUGAAAUGAAAAUUAUAGUGGCUGACCGUGGCCAGCCCCAGAGGUUUGCAACAGCAACAGUUGUGGUGAAUAUCCUUGACGUUAACAACAAAAAUCCAAAGAUAAACCCAUUCUUACAAGAGUUUAAUGUGUCUGAAAUUGCUCCGAUAGGCUAUACAUUUGGACCAAUCGUAGCUAGUGAUCCGGAUUUUGAUGCUGUAUUGAGGUUUCGGUUUGUUGAACCAAAAGAAGCAAGUUCAGAUGAAGGUUUUCCAGUGGACUCAAAUAACUAUGAAUUCCAGUAUCUUUAUUUUGCAGGUUCAGUAAGCAUUAUCAAUAGGAUUGACUUUGAUGGUCCCCAAAGAGUGUUUAGGUCAUACUUCAAUGUUACGGUCACAGAUGCCGGAGAACCAGCAUUGACUGCAGAUGCAUAUGUAACUGUCAUUUUUAGAAAUAUAAAUGACAAUUUCCCAGAAUUUGUAGACCCGAUAAGAGGCACUAAAAAGAGUAUUUACUACUCAAAUAUCCCAGAGAAUUCUCCCGAUGGUACAUCUGUUGUCACAGUAUAUGCCUUUGACAGUGACUUUCCAGACAAUAACACAUACGACCAGGUCCGAUAUUACAUGGAUGAUGAUAGAUUUGAUGUUGAUCCAAUAACUGGCGAAAUAUUUGUUCGCCUUCGUAAUGGUGCAGUAUUGGACAGGGAGAGUAACGCACGUCUCAAUGCACGAGUGAUUGCAAUCGACAACCCACUUGGACCACCUGACAACCAGAACCGCAGAGCAGCAUCUGUGCAAGUAAGGCUGACAGAUUUGAACGACAAUUGUCCCACAUUCUCCAGAAAUGAGUAUACAGUAACAAUUUUCGAGACAAUUGGUGUUGGUACGGAUAUAUUGCAGCUGUUCUCUACUGACAGAGAUACUGGAGAUUUUGCUAUUUCAUACUACAGUAAAGUUUAUGGUUCGGGUACAGACAAAAAUGAUUUCUUUGAUGUGAGAAAGGAGUUUGGACGUGUUUACGUAAAGAAAAGCUUAAUAAGAAACACAGGAACAUACCAUUUCCAAGUCAGCGCACAAGAUAAUUUAGGGAAAGGAUGUACAGUAAAUUCUACUGUGAUUGUGAAAGUUAUGCAAUCUGCCAAUGCUCCACCAGUCUGGGUCAUCCCUCCUAUAGACAACAUGACAAUUUAUGUUCUUGAGGAACAAUACAAUGGAAUGCUGGUGUAUGAUAUUUCUGCUAGAGAUGAUGACACUGGAGUGAAUGGCAUUGUCGAUUACAGUUUCAUUUACAAUGGAGAUACAACACAAAGAACCCCAGACUUCAGGAUCAACAAGUAUACAGGGGUGAUUCACGCUGAGAUCGUCUAUGAUAGAGAGAAAAUCGACAAAUAUGUGUUAUUGCUAAAGGCUGUUGAUAAUGGUGAAACACCACUUGAAACAACAAGGUUCCUUACAGUGGUGGUGUUGGAUGUAAAUGAUAAUGCACCAGUAUUUGCUGAUAGAGAGUUCCAAAUUGAUGUAACGGAGAAUCAGCCACUUGGUGACAUUAGACAGAUUCCGUCUGCUACUGAUCUAGAUCUAAAUCCUGUCAUUGUCUAUGACAUAAUAUCUGGGAACGAAGAUGGUGUAUUUGAGCUUGACAGAAAUACUCGUAUGCUGCGGCUGCUAAAGCCGCUAGAUCGGGAAAGUAGAGGAAUUUACUACAUUGAUGUGCAAGCUUCAAAUGAUGAAGCAGAUUAUACAGUUAUUCGUAACCGCCGUCGUCGAGCUGCUGACCCUAGCAUAAUCACUCUGAAAGUCAUUGUUGGAAACAUCAAUGAUUUAGCACCUUCCUUCUUACAGGAUGAGUACUUCGGAUGUGUUUCUGUAAGAGCGGAAUAUGGCAAGCACAUUCUAAAGGUUCAGGCCAUUGAUCGUGAUGCUGUGGGUACUGGAGUCGUACGUUAUAGAGUUACAGGUGGUAACAAAGUGGGUAACACAACACUGUUUGACAUCGAACCAAAACAUGGAGUUGUUAGAAAUAAGGUUCUGAUGAAAAAAUAUGCUGACAGUACAUUCUUUGUCACCAUAAAUGCAAGAGAUCAGGAGAAUAUUGAAACCGCUGAGUCUGCAGACACUGUUGCUAAGAUAUUUGUUCACCAGCCAGGAAAUGAAGUGAAAUUGGAGAUCACACAAAAGACUAGUGAAGUACGUCUGUAUCAAACACAGAUUCAAGAUAUAAUAGCAAAAGCGCAAGAUUUAACAUAUGUAUGUAUACAUGACUUACGGGACCAUGAAGUGGACACUGUGGGAUCUGUGACUCCUUUAUGGUCUGAUGUGUACAUUGUUGGCAUUAGGAAGGAAAUUGUAGAUAAUAAUGAGCGAUAUGUGAUUCUGUCGGGUACAGAGAUGAGAAACAUUGUUGACAGAGAGAGGUUUGACAGAAAGUCUGACUUUGAUCUUCUUUACAUCAAGUCAGUUACGCCGGGGAGCAGUAACCAGGAGAUUGAACUUGAGGACCAGGCUGUGCUUAUCAUACUCAUCAUUAUCGCUGUACUUAUUUUCCUUGUCAUUAUCUUCUGCAUCAUCGCAUUCCUGUGUAUCAGAGCUGCCAAACGACAGAAAAAAGCUAUGUUAUUACAUAAGACGCAUGCAACUCCACCACCAAUGAUGGUUGAACAACCUGUCAUUGUUGAGCCAGUUAUUUACGAUAACCGUGGAUACAUUACGGAGGAGGAGCAUGUUGUAGAGGAAGAACCAAGGGUUAUAGAGCACGACCCGGUGCACGUGCAAUACGCUGUUGUACAGAAGCGCUCGCCAUCACCUCAGUUUGUUGAACAGCGUGUGUACGAACAGCAGGUGUACCCUGAAGAUGACCAGGAUGCCAUUGUUGUUGAGUUGAAAGAUGACGAACCUCGACAACAAUAUGUAUAUGAAACAGGACCGGAAUAUACAAUAGAAACUGAAGUUGUUACUGACGAAAGAUUGUAAACAUUAUUGUUAUAAGCAUUUGUAUAAGGCUUUAGAAUUUCAUAUCCCGAUUAAAAACUGAAAUACCGUAGUUGUUGUAAUAAAGGAGAGCUUUGAUUUCUUCAUCUACAUGUGAUUCAUAUCUCAUAUUUCUGAGAAUCUUAUUUUACAAGAGUUUUUAUGAGAAUUGUUCUCUAUGAAGCAGCAGAUGGAAUGAAUGUAACAGAGUCUGACUUUUCCUUGGGGGAAUUACACUCUGACAAAAUCUAAACACAAAUGUGUUUUGUACCCGUGUAAAGUUCUGCUUUGGUUUACACGUACAUCUUAAUGAUUGGUAGCUGGCAGAAACACUUUAAAACUUCAAUAUUUCAAGCAUUUGUACACUAAAAAUAGACACCAUUUGAUUUAAAUAAGUGAUAAUUUGUCUCACUGUAUGUAUAAUAUAGAAGAGUUGGUGUUAUGUAAACCUUAUAAUAGAAAGUUUACAGCAAAAGUGUUCCAGACUUUGUUUUGUACAGAUUGUAUAUAUAAUAUACUGCUUGUAUAUAGUUUAUAUUAGUGCUGUAUUGAAUUUUAUAUUGAUUCACCAAUAGAUUGUUACUGUUGAAAGUAGUGUGUAAAGGAAAAGUGAUAUGUUUAUUACCAUGUACAACUAUGUAUAUUUGUUACAUAAUAUUUUCAGGUUCAAGAUGAGAGAAUACAUUUAUUAAUCUCUGUAUCUACAACAUUUGUAGGUUCUAACCACACUAGUGGCAUAUAAUUCUUUCUUGUCAGGGUGCUAUCCAGCUGGUUUAAUAAAAGUUGGCGGUAGUACUACACAGGGAACAAUCCAUGUCUGAAAAAUGCCAGAAUGGAUGGUUGUUGACCUAAAUUGUUGAUGUGGCUUUGUACUGCUUGCCAUAAACCAAGAGAAAGAAUGUGUUGUUCAAAUGUACUAGUUCUGUUUCCUGAUAAAUACUCAUUUUGAUACUGCACUUUAACACGAUCCUCAAUGAAAAUAAAAAAAACACGCUGUAGACAUUGAUAGUAAAUUUUGUUUCUAUAAAACUGCUUCUUAUACAUCAUCAGAUAAAGAAUGAUCAAGUUUCAAGUUUAGACCAGGGUUUUGCAAGGUUGUUUUUGUAUUUUGAUGCGUGGUUCUAUUUUUUACAUAUUUAUUUGUUAGUGAUAACAUACCAUUUUGAGUAGAGGUCUUAAGAUUUUUUUAUGUACAAAGGUACAUGCAUAAUGUUUAACAUCUUUUUUUUACUGUGCAAAUAUAUAUUUUUGCUAAAUAAAAAAGUAUGAGUAAA